UCACAUGACACAACAACGUUCGAAACCGAAAGGAGGAACAGUCGUUCUAUAAGGGGAGUGUUUGUUUGGAAGAGUGCUUCUUGAAGGGCUGUGCCAAACAAGUCUGUGACUCAUUGCAUUACAGUUUAAUUACAGGGGAUUAUUGUUUUGUGUUUAUUCAUUUUAUAUAGGGUGUGAGAUGUCUCACAUUCAGUACGCUCCGUUCUCAAGCGCAGUGGACCCUGGAUUUUGGCAAAUAUUGACGGAAAAGAAACUCAAUGAGUUUGGUCUUGAUGAGAGUCAUCAAACAAUCAAUGGCUUCUAUUCAAAUGGAAAUGCUCAGGGAAUUCCUCCACAAAUGACGGUAGACUAUGCAGCCUUCAACAGAGAAUGGAAGCCACCACCGAGGAGUUUCCCUGUGUGUGGAACACUGUGCAACACAAACACCAUAGAAAAGUUCCGGGAAAUGGACAAGAAGCAACUCCUGAGCGGUGUGGGACAGGAAUUGUGGGAAGACAUCACAAGUGGCAAAGUUUUGGAGCACCCAGAAAAGUUGUGCAGAUUUGUCCUCCUGACCUUUUCAGAUUUAAAGAAGUAUCAUUACUAUUACUGGUUUGCAUUUCCUGCACUCAAGUUCCCAGAGAAGUCGGUCUAUUCGGAGCCUCCUCGGGCACUUCAGGAGGUUCUACCACCGGAAAAGUUAUCCGCUCUCGCUGAAGCGUACGACAGUUACCAGUCUAGUCGGUCGACGUAUGCGACAUUCUUUGUGGUCAGUGACGACGGGAACGGGCCAAUCAUUGCAGACUUCAAGGAGCUGGACAAGCUGGUCUCUUCCCCAGAGAAUGUCAUGGUGGGUGUGUGUGACCCCAGUGCUGUUCAAGGCUACCCUGGCUGGCCUGUGAGAAACCUCCUCAGUUUCUUGACUUACAGAUACACGGGAAAAGUACAAUCUAUCAAAGUGUUGAUGGUCAGGGACCGGACUCACGACGGCGUCCGGGACUUCGGGCAGAGUGUUGUGGCAAGCAUUGCGAUCCCCGCCCUGGAAAAAGAGGAUAUUUUAAUUCUGCCAGAGUGUGUUGGAUGGGAGAAGAACGAACGGUCCAAGAUGGGCCCCAGGAUGGUGAACCUGAGCAGCUCCAUGGACCCCACCAGACUAGCGGAGUCGGCUGUUGACCUCAAUCUGAGGUUGAUGAGAUGGAGACUUUUGCCCGACCUGGAACUGGACAAAAUUGGGUCAACUCGCUGCCUGGUGUUAGGGUCUGGUACCCUGGGCUGUAAUGUGGCUCGCUUGUUGAUGAGCUGGGGCAUCCGACACAUCACGAUGGUGGACAACUCCAAAGUCUCUUACUCCAACCCCGUGCGACAGACGCUCUUCACGUUCCAGGACUGCAUCAACGGAGGUCAGCCCAAGGCCAAGGCCGCAGCCGCCUCGCUCAGGAACAUCUUCCCGGGCAUGCAAUCCGAAGGAAUCAGUCUGUCUAUCCCCAUGCCAGGACACGCUAUAACAGAUUCUGUCCUAGAGCAGACGAAAGAGGACGUGAAAAAGCUGGAGUCUCUGAUUGACGCCCACGACGCCGUGUUCCUGUUGAUGGACACACGAGAGAGCCGCUGGCUGCCCACCGUCGUUGCUGCCGCCAAGAGAAAAAUUGUUAUCAACGCUGCUCUUGGCUUUGACACGUUCUUGGUUCUUCGCCACGGUGUCAGGGCUGACGACGGACCCAGAAAAAGGGAAGGGGCGUCGGCCAUUCCCCUCGGCAGGAUACGCGGCUGUGAGCUGGGCUGUUACUUUUGCAACGACGUUGUGGCUCCUGGCAAUUCCACUCGGGACCGGACUCUGGACCAGCAGUGUACCGUGACGCGGCCGGGCAUCUCGAUGGUGGCUUCAGCGCUGGCAGUCGAACUUCUGGUCUCUGUCCUGCAGCAUCCUCUCGGGUCGGAUGCAGAAGCUGACACCAGUGCCAACGAGGACCACCUUGUGAGGGACGCAGAAUGUUCUCUAGGCAUCGUGCCACACCAGAUCCGAGGUUUCCUGGCGAGAUUCCAUCAGAUUCUGCCUGCCAGCCGGGCGUUUGACAUGUGUACAGCCUGCAGUGAUGUGGUUCUAAACAAGUAUAAGACAGAAGGGUUUGACUUCCUGCUACGAGCUUUUAACGAGCCAGGUUUUCUGGAGGACCUGACAGGACUUACGGCCAUGCAAGACGCCACGGACGAUGCAGAGGUGUGGGGUCUCAGUGACGACGAGGAAUUCAGCAGUGGGCCAGGAAGUAUGGACAUGGACACGUGAAAGUGGCACAGGGUGGAGGGUUCGAUUCCAGUGGAGGAAAGAGGGUGCUGCUGCUGGCCAUGAGUCAUGAGGAAUUGUGUUUUUAUCAUAAUUUGUGUCACGACGCAGUGAAAUCAGGCUCUCGUCAAUUUUUGGGCGAGUAGAUCCAGAGAUAUUGGUAUCAGUCGAAAGUUUGUUCUUUUGUCUUGCUUUUGAUGGAAAAAAA